UUCUUCCGCAGGUCGAAGCUGCCCGCUGGCAGACAUGAGACACCCACAGAGGCGUCUCCUCGUCACAUAACCUCACAGGAGCGGCCCAUGCAGCUGACAUAACUUCCUGUUGGGAGUGUAGAGGGGUGACCAUGCAGUCGCCUCAGAGGAGGAGGCUCAGGCGAGGUCGUGUCCUCCUCUUCACCUCAGGUGUGCUGCUGUGUUUGGUCUACACGCUGGCUCUGAAAACCCGGCUGUCGCAGCCUCCAGCCCCCGUCCAGACGGAGGAGGGGGGCGGCGGCGAUGUGGUGGAGGUCAGCGUUCGAGAGGUGACGGCCUCCAACGGGACCAGGGAGGAGGUGGGAGCUCACGGGACCACCAAACCUCCUCUGGUAAUGAUUGUCAACAGGACAGAUAUCGAACAGUGCGUCUACGUCAACCCUCAACCUUCCAAACCUACUGCAACUCCCCCACCUGGGACCACCACGGCUCCUCCCCAUCAAAGGAAAGGUGAGUACCCAGAGGACAUCUUCUCAGUGGAGCAGCGACGACAAGGCUGGGUGGUCCUGCACGUCGUAGGCAUGACCUACAUGUUUGUCGCCCUGGCCAUUGUUUGCGACGAGUUCUUUGUACCGGCGCUGGAGGUCAUCACCACCAAGCUGGAGAUCUCAGACGACGUGGCCGGGGCCACCUUCAUGGCGGCCGGAGGCUCCGCCCCGGAGCUCUUCACCUCCCUGAUUGGCGUCUUCAUCUCCCACAGCAACGUGGGCAUCGGCACCAUCGUGGGCUCGGCGGUCUUCAACAUCCUGUUUGUGAUCGGCAUGUGUGCCAUCUUCUCCCGGGAGAUGCUGCACCUGACCUGGUGGCCGCUCUUCAGGGACGUGACCUUCUACAUCCUGGACCUCGUCAUGCUCAUCGUCUUCUUCCUGGAUAACACCAUCCUGUGGUGGGAGAGCUUACUGCUGGUGCUGGGCUACAUGAGCUACGUGACCUUCAUGAAGUUCAACAGCCAGAUUGAGCGGAUGGUCAAAACCCAGCUCAACAAGCACAUGAGUAUCGUCAAAGUCUGGACUGCAGAGGAGCCGGAGAAGGAGAGUGAGGCUGCACCGUCCCCUGCCGCUCCUGCUGCUCCCCAAAAACCUGAGACCAAACCUAAACCUGAAGCUGCAGUGCCUCCUGGCAGCCCUCAGCACAACAAUCUGCAACCGGAUAAACAGGAGGACAAAUCCCAGCUGCGGGUUCGUCCCGUCUUGCAGCGAGGCGGCAGCUCAGCUUCGCUCCACAACACCUCACUGCGGAGCACCAUCUUCCAGCUGAUGAUCCACACCCUGGAUCCUCUGGGAGAAGAAGCAGGCCUUAGGGGGGCCGUUAAAACCGCCCGGCCAAAGAGGGCGAGAGAAGAAACAUCCUUCAAUGGUGAUGUAAGAGGGGAGGGGCUUGUACAGAGAAAAGCAAAGAACAAAGUAAAACCUUUGAAYGUUCCAGUGACAGAAAAUCUACAGAACGAGUCACAUCAUCAUCAUCAUCACUGUGCUGAAG